AUGUUCUCAUCUUCGGGCGGUGGUAAGAAGCCUCCACAGCAGCAGGAGAUGGUUCAGGUUGACAGAUCCGAGUCUUCUUCACCUUUCUGGCGCUCGCCGCGAGAAGGAACUUCGAAGCGACCAGGUCGUGAUCCGAACCUUGUCGUGGGCGCGGCAUACUCCCAUGCUGAUAUGUUGAAAUUUGAUAACCUAUCCAGAAACGUAUCCGGUUCAUCACGCCCAAAAACCCCGCCGUCUUCGUCCUCCCAGAAAGCCAGAACCAGCGAUAUUGGCUCUACGUCGCGCAAAUCCAAUUCGUCUCUUUCAUCGCCCCCAUUGAAGUCCUAUUUCAACUUCUUGUCGACGACAAAUUCGGAUUGGAAUGCUGACGACCCCGAUGCUGAAGAUGAGUAUGCGUAUGAAGACGACGAUGGGGACGACUUCGGACUACCGAGUUUAUCGAAUAUGAACCGGCGGUCUCGUCGCAUGGCGGCAGCUACACAGAACAGCGACCUCGCAUCGCAAAGCCAGCCGGCCUUGGACGCCUCUCUUGGAUUUCCUAAUAGACGAUUCUCGAACAGCGCCGAUAUAGCAAUAGAAAGACCUGCGCUCGUAUACCCCAUGCCCAAAAAGACUGAAGGAAAAAUACUCCGGCCACAAUACAAAGAUAUUCUUAAAGACCCUGCGAACGCUUUACAUCUGAUAGAUCAUCCACCUACGCCAGCUAAUGCCUCACCAAAAGAGAUCGAUGCCAUGAAUUCUCGUGUCACAAAAAUCAAUAAAUUCAAAAAGAUACUUCAGACUACAACAAUCCCUCUAACAGAUCUUCGAGCACUGGCGUGGGGUGGGGUGCCCGAGGAGGUUCGUGCAAUGACUUGGCAAUUAUUACUCAGUUAUCUACCAACGAGCAGUGAAAGACGGGUUGCGACUCUUGAGCGGAAGCGAAAAGAGUACUUGGACGGUGUUCGUCAGGCAUUUGAGCGUGGGGGGGCCGGUCAAAACUCAUCCGGCCGCUCAAGAGGUCUUGAUGAAGCGAUUUGGCAUCAAAUUAGCAUUGAUGUGCCCAGAACGAACCCACAUAUCGAGUUGUACAGCUAUGAAGCGACGCAACGAUCACUAGAACGAAUCCUAUAUUUAUGGGCUAUCCGGCACCCUGCAAGCGGUUAUGUCCAGGGCAUUAAUGACCUAGUCACGCCUUUUUGGCAGGUGUUUUUGGGAAGCUAUAUAACUGACUACAAUAUUGAGAGUGGCAUGGAUCCUGGUCAACUACCAAAACCUGUGCUGGACGCCGUGGAGGCCGACUCAUAUUGGUGUUUGACCAAAUUACUUGACGGUAUUCAGGACCAUUACAUCGUCGCACAGCCCGGAAUACAGAGACAAGUUGCAGCGCUUCGAGAUCUGACCGCUAGAAUCGACGAAGGACUUGCGAAGCAUCUUGAGCACGAAAACGUCGAGUUUAUCCAAUUCAGCUUCAGGUGGAUGAACUGCCUGCUCAUGAGGGAGAUUAGUGUCCGAAACACGAUUCGUAUGUGGGAUACAUACCUGGCUGAGGAGCAAGGCUUUUCAGAAUUUCACUUAUAUGUUUGCGCUGCAUUUCUUGUCAAAUGGUCCUCUAAGCUGGUCAAGAUGGAUUUCCAAGAGAUCAUGAUGUUUCUGCAAGCCUUGCCUACUCGAGAUUGGACAGAAAAGGAUAUCGAGCUUCUACUUAGUGAGGCUUUCAUAUGGCAGAGCUUAUUCAAGAAUUCCGCUGCUCAUCUUCGAGGUGGACCUAGUCGAGCUCCUGCGACUAAUCUUCAACUGUAA